AUGGCCACUUUUGAUGUGCUGUCUAUGGCCUUGGUCCGUAUAUCGCAGACUAUCCUGAACAGUCUUUAUUAUCCUGCACUAUCCAAGGAUGGUGCCCUCGGCUGGGGCAUUGUUGAUCAAAUUUUGCCUUUCACAGCAUACUUUCCACGUGCGGAUAUUCACGAGCUCCUUGCUCCUGAUAUUCUGCACCAGAUUAUCAAGGGCACAUUCAAGGAUCAUUUGGUCAAGUGGAUCGACAAGUACCUUAUUAUUACAUAUGGUGAAGCACAUGCUGAGUUUAUAUGGGCUGAUGUUGAUUGUCGCAUUGCAGCUGUGCCCUCCUUCCCAGGUCUUCGUCGAUUUCCACAGGGCCAAAAAUUAAAGCAGUGGAUGGGUGAUGAUUCAAAGGCACUAAUGAAGGUUUUUCUACCAGCUAUUGCUGGACAUGUUCCAGAUAGAGUGGUUCAAGCUAUUAGUGCCUUUUUGGACUUCUGUUAUAUAGUCCGCCGUUCCAGUCUUGAUGAAGGUGUCACACCUAAUGGUAUCUCAUUGCCCCGCCAGCAUUAUCUCUGUCACUAUCGCUACCUGAUCCAGCAGUUUGGUGCACCAAAUGGCCUAUGUUUAUCACUUACCGAGUCAAAGCAUCGCAAGGCAGUCAAGGAGCCUUGGAGAAGAUCUAGUGGCUAUCUUGCACUAGGUCAAAUGCUUAAGUUUGCAGUGGGUCUCCUUGAUAAACCAUUACUGCCAUCUGAUGUUAUUGCUAUUGACCCUGACUCUACUUUUGAUGAUAAUCCUGAUGAGGAGAAUUAUCGAGAUGAUGGAGACUUGGAAGAUGCAAUUGCUGAUGAUCAGGAUGCUGAAAUCAUUAUCCAGCUGGCUAAAACACCAGCCCUUCAUUAUCCAAUUCGGUUACAGAGUAUUGGUCAACACAUUGGUGUUCCUCAUCUCCGUGACCUUGUAUGCCAAUUUCUACAUGACCAGCAAAAUCCCAACCAUCUCAUUCCUGGACAUGAAAUGGAUGUGUCCCUUUGUCCAGACUUCAAUGGCAAGGUGUAUGUUUUUCAUUCUGCAACUGCAUCUUUCUAUGCUCCUAGUGAUAUUUGUGGAGUUAAUGGUAUGCUGCAUUAUGUCAUCCGCUCAGCACCAACUUGGCAUAAUGGUCCUGCUCGUCAUGACUGUGUUUUCAUUGAACAUGAUCCUACAUUACCAGGUUUCCAAGGUCUAUAUGUUGCUCAAGUGAUUCUCUUUUUCUCAUUUUGCUUUCGUGGAGUGGAUUAUUCUUGUGCACUUGUUCGUUGGUUUGAAACUAUUGGUGACCAACCAUGUCCUAACACAGGUAUGUGGAUGGUUGAGCCAGAGUUUGAUGUCAAUGGCCAGCGUCUUAUUUCAGUAGUUCACUUGGAUACAAUUUUGCGUCCAGCACAUCUGAUUCCUGUUUAUGGCAAUCAUUUUGUAGAUCAUGAUAUCAAGCAUACUAUUCAUUGA